CAAACGCCGCGUUCAGCUCCGCCUCCCCCUCCUCAGCCCCUGGGCGGGAGGCAGCGGCAGCGGGCGGCGGGGGACGGGCGGCUGUGGGACAACUCCUACUUUCUGUCUCGUUUUGAUUGGCUUUCAGAAGAGGCAGUGUCCUAUAAAUUGCUGUCUCCAGAGUGCUUCUGCCCUAUUGCCAGCUGAGGGACAGCGUGUUUGAAGAAGGAAGAUGCCAAUCGUCAGAAACGUGAGCAGAGCUGCCAGCCAGCUGCUGCAAAGCUCUCGUUGUGGAUGUGGGAUUUCCAUCGUGCCUGUUCGAUGCAUUGGCAUCUCACCCCGCCAGGUGGCCUCUGAUGCUAGCUUUCACUCGGUUUCUUUUUCUGAGUCUGAUCAUCCCCGGGUGCUAAUUACAGGUGGGCUCGGCCAGCUCGGGGUGGGACUUGCAAAGCUCCUGAGGAAACGAUUUGGAAAGAACAAUGUGAUCUUGUCUGACAUUCGAAAGCCCGCGGAUAAUGUGUUUUAUAGUGGCCCUUUCAUCUACUCAGACAUCUUGGACUACAAGAAUCUACGUGAGAUAGUGGUGAAUAAUCGCAUAACGUGGCUGUUCCACUACAGCGCUUUGCUCAGCGCUGUUGGAGAAGCAAACGUCCCCUUGGCCAGAGCUGUAAAUAUUACUGGUUUACACAACGUCCUGGAUAUUGCAGCCGAGCAUAAUUUGCGGCUCUUUGUUCCGAGCACGAUUGGAGCCUUUGGGCCCAGCUCUCCUCGAGAUCCAACUCCUGAUCUGUGCAUUCAGAGACCAAGGACCAUCUAUGGCGUCUCCAAGGUUCACGCUGAGCUCAUGGGAGAAUACUACCAUUACCGGUAUGGCCUAGACUUUCGCUGCCUGAGGUAUCCAGGAAUCAUAUCUGCCGACUCUCAGCCUGGUGGGGGAACAACUGAUUAUGCUGUCCAGAUUUUCCAUGAUGCCAUAAAGACUGGCAAAUUUGAGUGCAACUUAAAGCCGGACACCCGCCUCCCUAUGAUGUAUAUUGAUGACUGUCUGAAAGCAACUCUAGAGGUCAUGGAGGCCCCUGCAGAGGCACUGAGCAUGAGGACGUACAACAUCAGUGCCAUGAGCUUCACUCCUGAAGAGCUGGCACAAGAGGUGCAGAAGCAUGUUCCUGAACUUCAGGUGACCUACAAUGUGGACGCAGUCAGGCAGGCCAUAGCUGACAGUUGGCCAAUGAACUUUGAUGACAGCAAUGCCCGGAGAGACUGGGGAUGGAAACAUGAUUAUGACCUCCCUGAACUGGUGUCUACGAUGUUUAGCUUCCUUGGGUCUGAUUCCAGGAUUGCUCAAGCUAACUGAAAUAUUUUGUCAGAUGUUUCCAGAUUUCCACAGAGGACCAGGAAGAAAUGGCUAAAUCAGUUCUUUAAUUUUGAGUCUUAAAGCAUGUCAAUUAUUAGUUUUCCUAAGUAGCAAUGGAGUUGGGCAGAAGCAUACUGUAGCUGGAACAUCAUAUUAGAUAAACAACAUCAUCAGGUGCUGUCUCCAAGCACAGCACCCAUGGUACAGAAUUCUAGAACUUCCACAUUCAAGCAAGUAGGAACAAAAAGCAAGUAUUCUUGGCUGAUGAAUCUCCAGUCAUUCUUGCUGCUUGGCUCAUAUCCAGCAAAUAACAUAGGGCAAUAUUGUCAAACCUGAUGUUUCAGGAAGAUCCCACUGCUAAAAAUGUUUCUCAUUUCCCUAGUGGAGGUUGUUAGAUCAUAGUAAGAUAUGAUCCUUUCCUCCCUACUCACAAAAGAGAGAAACGAGCUACUUGAUGUUUCCAAACUGCAGGCAGGGUUUUUGCAACUCUAGUUUGAAGUCAGAUUUUGGUUAGUAUUUCAUAUUUAUGUGUAUAUAUAUUACUGUAUGAACAUACAGUUCUCUAUUACAUAUAGGGCAUACAAAGUAGCAUUAUUCUUGUAAUGCCCAUCAAUGUGAAGAGGAAUAGGACUUGAAUUCUGUUUAUGCUUUAAAAAUGACAGGGUUUACAAGCUAAGCUUUUCCUAUUAUUUCAAAACGCUGCUGCCAUCAGUUUAAACUCAGUAGAUCUGAAAUCCAGAAAGCUGUUACACUGAUGUGAAUCCAGGGUAUAUUUCAAGAAGACAAUGCCCAGGAGUGGGGUUAUUGUUAAUUAGUGCCCCUUCUGGUUAUCCCAGUCGUUUGCUCUGCAAGCGUUAUGGCAUACUGCCUGGAGCAAGUUCUAAAGUUGGGCUGAUGAUGGAGUCUUACCUUAGAGUCAGGUUGACCUUUGAAAUCUGUUCAUGUUGGAUGUUUUUUCUGUGUGUGCUGCAGCUGUAUUUGUAGAUGCUAUUUAUGUGUAACUGUCAUACGCUUCUAUUCUUUAGAGAGGAUUCCAGAGGCUGAAACCGUGUCCUAGGUACAGUUAAGGCCUGUUCUGCUCAUUGAGUUUAAUGCACAGGAGAUUCUGGGAUUAACAGGGGAAUCUUAGUAGAUGGAUGCAGAGAAGAUGUGGCUAUCCCAAAGCUACUUACAAGACUCUGAAAGUGAGAAAUGUCAGACUGGGGAGACAGGAAAGCCUUUUAAGGUAAAACAGCAGUCUUGAGUCUGAGCCAUGGGCUACUAUAGCAGUAGCAUGCCUUGAGAAACAAUGUCUGGGAACUCGGAUUGUAUUUUACUUUUCCAAAGAAAAAAUACCUUCCAUUUUCAAAAUGACUGGAAAUUCCCUAGAUGAAGCUGUCAGUCUUUUUUGUCUUGCAUACUCCAGUUGCCCAUGUAGGUAUCGUGUUCAGUGUUUCUGAAGUUUACUGAGUUUUCUGUGACAAGGCUUUGGUAACUGUGAGUCUGCUACACUCUGUAGCCCUGCAGUGGUUCUUCUAGUUAGUGGCUAACGGAUGUGACCUCAUUUCUGUCUCCCUGUGAGAGAAUCUACGUACUGCAGGGAGACUGGUUUUCUCAUGAUAGUAACCUUCAAACAAAGUUGGUAUGGUGAAAACCAGGAAUUAUUUCAAACGUUUAUUGAAGUUGUGUCUUUUGGUUUUGUAUGCAUCUUACUGCUUCAUCUGUUGGCAAAGUAUAUGUUUCCCAGGUACUUGAGCUCAAAACCCUCUAGGGUUGUGGCCUGUUGUUAAAACUUCUUUUUAUAAUGUUUACAUUUCUGAAAAAGGCAAGUUUUUAAAUGUUCACCACUGUUGUAACUCACAUUGUUCAAGUGUAAUAUUUGGCCCAAUGGGCCAGCGAAGUUGGGCUCAUUCAUACCAUCCAAGAAUGCUUUGACUCUGGUUCUGUCCUCUGCCCUGCCAAAAGAGGAUUAUCUCCUAUUCAACUGUUACACUGAUCCAUCAGAUGAAGGGCUUUAAUAGGAUUUUAAGAGUCCUGUCCAUUCUAAUCUUUCUUAAAUCAGGGGACUCCUCGUUGCCUCCAUUCCAUGAAACCAACCAAAAGAGUUGCUGAUGGAUCUGAUUCCAUUUCUUCAACUCAAAGAAAGUCAUGGGCUCCUACUCCAUUCACCCUUGUUCAAAGCUCUAGUUAAUACUAAAAAGGGUGAAGAACAAAGAUGUUCUUUCUUCUGAAGCAAGCUAUCCUUAGUUGUGGCGUUGAGCAAAGGCUUUAAGCAAGUUGUUAAAGUGCAGGUGAAAAUCAGACCUGUGGCAUUUUAAACAGAGUGUGUUGUCUACCGAAAGUUGCUGACUCGUGUAGGAGCAGGAGUUUAAAUUUGUGUUUUGCAAACUCUGAAGACAGUUCAGAGGUAACAGCACGAUAGUCAAGGAACAUGAAUAGGGAUGUCUGCAUGGUCCCAGUGCUGUUUGAAAUUCUGGUUUCUAACCUGUGACCAAUGAUGCCCGUGUUUUCUUUUUGCCUGUCUUCCCUGUAACUUCUGUUGUAACUAUGCUACAGUGUUCUCUGUACUGAACCAGUGUGAUGCCGUACAAAGCGUACAACUUUUUUCUACCAGUUUGAAGCCUGACUUCUGGGCUUAGACUUCCCCCAUGACGUUUGAGUGUUGCAGCUGUUACAUUACCUAUUCAGGAAAAAAAAAAAAAAAAAGAUGGUGGGAAUAUUUUUUCAAAUACUGCAAAUUGUGGGUGAUGCCUACUUUAAUAAAGUUCCGUACAGAUGUC